GCUGUUGCUGCGCGCGGACACACAGACAGACAAGGACGCUCCAGAGCCGCGAGCUGGGGACGGCGGUUUCCGAGAUGCGCGCGAGCCCUCUUUGAUUUGCCGCUCCGUUAAACCUUCACAUACACCUGGAAGACUGUAUAACCUGAAGACGGUGAGGAUUUUAGAUUUGGAGUUCAACUUUUUGAGACAAAUCUCACAUUUUCUGGAAUAACAAACACAUCAACUAUCUUCAAAAAAAAAAAAGAAACAAAAAAGGAUUUUCUCUUCAGAAAUUAAAGAGGAGCUUAGGAUAUUUCAUUUUGGAACAAUGUAAGAACAGAACAGUCCGUGAACACGCUCGGAAUUUUCUGAACCCGUUUUACGCACUGGGAGCACAGUCGGAACUAACGGACAUUCAGAAGUACUCACCGAGUUUCCUCUCACCUUCUUCUCCCAGUAACGUUACGUUUAUUUUGCACAGUGUGAUGCGGAAAUUUCCGUUUAUUAUAACGCUUGCUGUGGACUUAUCCUAGGACUAUCUACAGGCUUUUGGAGUUGGUGAAUGCCCCGUGAACGCAUCGAGCUCUGACCGCCGACAGUAUGCAUCAAAGGGACUGGUAAAUUACUCAAGGUCCUUCUGAAACUCAGGGUCGACUGAUGCAGCCAUGGGCCUAUCGCUGGAUCUUUGAGAGCAACCUUCCUCGCCCUCCUCCACGUCCUUUUCCUCUUCCCCCUCCAUCUCCUUCUCUUCUUCCUUUGCUCUUUACAACUGGAAGUUGAGUCUACUGCAGCCAGAAACAAGCCAUCAACAUAGCUUCUCCUUCUCUUCAUCUGCAAACCAUGACAAGCAUUGUUUCUUGGAUCCGUGGCCAGGCAAAGUGGCCUCUCCCAGUGCUUCUCCUGUAUUUUGUCCCUCUUUUGUUGAUGGAUGGUUGGUGCCAUGCAGCCCCCUCAGGCCCAGAGUCUGACUCCUGCUCCACUUUAGUCCAGAGUCGCUUCUUUGGCUUCUUCCUAUCAUCAUCAGUAUUCCCCACCAUACCUUGUUCCUGGACCCUGCAGAACCCUGAUCCACGGCGCUAUACCAUUUUCAUCAAGAUCACCAAACCUACCAAGGACUGUGUGCCAUCACAGCUCCGCACCUUCCAGUAUGACUCCUUUCUGGAGACCACACGUACCUUUUUGGGCAUGGAGAGCUUUAAUGAGGUUGUGAGACUGUGUGAUACCUCUGCCCCAGUCGCCUUCCUGGAGGCUGGAAAGCAGUACCUCCAAAUGAAGAAAGGCCCUCCUCGAGCAGGCAUGCCCAUCACAGAUGGCAACGGGGAUUUCAAAACAGAGUACCUGGUGGUGGGAAAGCGCAAUCCCAGCAUGGCUGCAUGUCAGAUGCUGUGCCAGUGGCUGGAGGAUUGUCUGGCCUCCAGUACAUCUAACAGGCCUUGUGGCAUCAUGCAGACUCCAUGUUUGUGCUGGGAGCCACCACCACAGCUCAGUGAGGGGGACAGCUGUUAUCACAAUGGAGUUUACCUGGAAAACUGCUUGCCAAGUGUGAAAGAGAGUGGAAAAGGUGUUGAGAUCAAAGGUGGUUGGAGUGUAUGGGGUCAGUGGGCACAAUGCAGCAGCGAGUGUGGAGGUGGGAUUCAAACCCGAACUCGGACCUGUCAGUCACCUCCGGAGGAGUCAUACCUAUGUGAGGGUGUGGUGGAGGAGGGCCGACCCUGCAACUCGCAGUCCUGCACUGGCAAAGGUCGCCAUCUCUCUCGCAGCCAAUCGCUUCGCUCAGUGGACAGCCGCAAGCGUGAUGACGUAGACAAGCCCCGCAACGGACAGCAGAGCCCUCAGACAGACUCAGCUUCAGGUGAGGAGUGGUCAGCGUGGAGUGUAUGUUCUGCCACGUGUGGGGAGGGCUGGCAGAGUCGCACUCGUUUCUGUGUGUCCUCCUCCUACAGCACCCAGUGUAGUGGGCCACUGCGAGAGCAGAGACCUUGCAACAACUCUGCUGUUUGUCCAGUGCACGGCGCUUGGGACGAGUGGUCACCGUGGAGUUUGUGUUCAUCGACCUGUGGCCGUGGUUACAGGUCCCGAACACGAACCUGUACCCCCCCUCAGUUUGGGGGAGAUCCAUGUGAGGGCCCAGAGAAACAGACCAAAUUCUGCAACAUAGCUGUCUGUCCAGUGGAUGGAGUGUGGAAUGAGUGGUCAAGUUGGAGCUCCUGCUCUGCCUCCUGCUCUAAUGGGACCAUGCAGAGAACCAGGGAGUGUAACGGUCCCUCGUACGGAGGCUCCGAGUGCAGAGGAGAGUGGCUGGAGACUGUCGACUGCUUCCUUGGGGAGUGCCCAGUGGAUGGCAAAUGGCAGCCGUGGUCUUUGUGGUCAGGCUGUUCUAAAACCUGUGGAGGGGGCAGCCAACAGAGAAACAGGAUUUGUUAUGGGCCCUUUUUUGGAGGGCAGCCUUGUCCUGGAGAACGAGAGGAGGUCCGACGCUGUAAUGAAAAGAGGUGCCCAGAACCUCAUGAAAUAUGUGGUGAGGACAACUUCUCAAACGUUGUAUGGAAGAUGACUCCAGCUGGGGACACAGCAGCAGUACGCUGUCCUCCCAAUGCCAUGGGACUUAUCCUGCGCCGCUGCACCCUGGAUGAAGAGGGCAUUGCUUACUGGGAAAAUCCAACCUAUAUGAAAUGCAUUUCCAAUGAUUAUCGUAGCAUUCAAACUUUGACGCGGGAACACUUGUCCAAAGCACAACGUGGCCUUGUGGGAGAUGGAGUUUCCGAGGUGAUGACUAAGCUGAGGGUAACAUCCAGCGAUGGGACCAGCUACAGUGGUGAUCUGCUGGCCAUCGUGGACGUGCUGAAGAAUAUGACGGAGAUCUUCAGGAGGGCAUACUACAGUCCUAGCAGUGCAGACAUGAGGAACUUUGUGCAGUCAGUCAGCAAUCUGUUGAUGGAAGAGAACAGGGAGAGAUGGGAGGAAGCGCAACUGCUUGGCCCAAACAUCAAAGAGCUGUUCCGACUGGUGGAGGACUUUGUGGACGUCAUUGGCCUGAGGAUGAAAGACUUUCAAGACAUGUAUGAAGUCACCGAUAACCUAGUUUUGAGCAUCCACAAGCGUCCAGUGGUGGGUCACGCAGACAUCAGCUUCCCCAUGAAAGGCUGGAGGGGUAUGGUGGACUGGGCCCGUAGCUCUGAGGACAGAGUCACCAUCCCCAAGAAUAUUCUGUCUACUGGCAAGCCAGAUUCAGAUGAGUCGUCGACAUUUGUAACCGGCAUCGUUUUGUACAGAAACCUGGGCAGCAUUCUGACUCUGCAGAGAAAUAGCACAGUCCUCAACUCCAAGGUUUUGUCAGUGACCAUCAAGCCAACCCCGGCUUCCCUCUCUGCCCCAGUUGUAGUUGAGUUCUCUCACCUGUACAACGGUACUACCAACCAGACCUGUAUAUCCUGGGACGAGAGUGACAGCUCCUCUCUGCUGGGAUCCUGGUCUGCCAGGGGCUGCAAAGCCGUGCUAGUCGACUCAUUCAGAACCAAAUGCGUGUGUGACAGACUGUCCACCUUCGCCAUUUUAGCACGACUAAAUCCCGAAAUGAACAUGGAUAAAACACAGCUUCCCUCGGUGACGCUGAUCGUUGGCUGUGGAGUGUCUUCACUGACAUUGUUGCUGCUCAUCAUCAUCUACGUAUCUGUCUGGAGGUACAUCCGAUCUGAGCGCUCAGUCAUCCUCAUUAAUUUCUGCCUCUCCAUCAUCUCCUCCAAUGCCCUUAUUCUCAUUGGACAGACACAGACACGAAAUAAGGUCUUAUGCACCCUGAUUGCUGCUUUCCUUCAUUUCUUUUUCCUGUCCUCGUUCUGCUGGGUUUUGACGGAGGCGUGGCAGUCAUACAUGGCAGUGACAGGCCGCCUCCGAAAUCGUAUCAUACGCAAGCGUUUCCUGUGUCUCGGCUGGGGUCUUCCUGCGCUGGUAGUUGCGAUCUCAGUGGGAUUCACCAAGGCAAAGGGAUAUGGAACACCAAGCUACUGCUGGCUGUCUCUGGAAGGAGGUCUUCUCUAUGCAUUUGUUGGACCUGCUGCAGCUGUUGUCUUGGUUAACAUGGUUAUUGGGAUUCUCGUUUUUAACAAACUGGUCUCCAAAGACGGCAUUACUGAUAUGAAACUAAAGGAGAGGGCGGGUCAGAUGACAGUGCCACUGUACAAUAUGACGCUCAAAUGUGCCAAGUGCGGAGUUAUCUCUUCGGCUGACGUUUCCACCACAGCUACCAGUAACGCCAUGGCGUCACUGUGGAGCUCCUGUGUGGUUUUGCCGCUCCUGGCACUCACGUGGAUGUCAGCCGUCCUUGCCAUCACCGACCGGCGCUCUGCACUCUUCCAGAUCCUCUUUGCAGUCUUUGAUUCACUGGAAGGCUUCGUUAUUGUCAUGGUGCACUGCAUCCUGCGCAGAGAGGUUCAGGAGGCGGUAAAGUGUCGUGUGGUGGAUCGCCAGGAGGACGCUAAUGGAGAUUCAGGAGGAUCUUUCCAGAAUGGCCAUGCUCAGCUCAUGACUGACUUUGAGAAAGACGUGGAUAUGGCUUGCAGAUCAGGCACAAUGAAGCGCUCAUCUCUCCAAGGGGAAGAGAAGGCCUCCUCUGGCACCCUCACCAUUCAGAAAGGUUCUAACUUUAACACCAUGCCAGCCAGCAUGGCCAAGGUACACCUGCAGAACGUGGCCGACUACACCAGCCACACUCUGACGCUGCGCAGGGAGAAGGGCGCCACCAAGGGAAUCAGUACGGAGCUCCCGGGCGCCAAAUCCAUCUACAUCUGCGACGGUGAGCUCUUCAAGCAGCUGGAUGGAGACCUGCCUCGGGGGAAUGGUGAGGGCAGCAGCUCCGAGGGUCCUGGCAAAGGCCAAGGGUACGUCAUCAACACAGCCACGCUGAAGCCGGCCAAGGGGAAAGAGGAGCAGACAGCCAAGUAUAACAUCAGCAUUGAGCAGCUGCCUCAGACCAGGCUCAUCCACCUGGCUAACCCUGUGAGCGGAGAGCCCGUGCCUGGCUUUGGGCUGAAGGGCUUGCCUGCUGACCAGAUCAGUGUGUCAUGCUCUGACAGAGACUCACCUGCACACAACCUGCAGAAUGUUCCCAGAGACUCCCAGGUGGCCAACAGCAUGUGUGAAGGGGGAGAUUCCGGAAACUCUGGUGUGAUGUCCAAGAGUGAGACUGUCUCCACGCUUUCCAUGAGCUCACUGGAGAGACGAAAAUCACGCUAUGCAGAGCUUGACUUUGAGAAGAUUAUGCACACCCGGAAACGCCACCAGGACAUGUUUCAGGACCUGAACAGGAAGAUUCACAGUGCAGACAAGGAUAGAGAAUCUCCACCUGUUGACGCCAAAGCUGCCAAAAGAUGGAGUGUGUCCUCUGCCAGCAGCGACAAGACCAACAUGAGUGACAAGCAGCAGACCCCAAGUAAGAGGGCAUGGGAGGGAAUAAGAAAAACCCACUCCCCCCCAUCCUGGGUGAGGAAGGACCUGGAGACGGUGGCGGCUUCCCCUUUGGAGCUGCAAACGGUGGAGUGGGAGAAAACCAGUGCCACCAUUCCUCUGGUGGGCCAGGAGAUCAUGGACCUGCAGACGGAGGUGUGACCCAGAUUCCAGCCUCAUGUCUGCAACUUCCUUUUUUUUCCAGUGCUCUCAGACAAACAAGCAGACAAACCACACACACUGCCCUGUACUUCUGCACACAGGCUGGAUGAAGCCCACUCCGAGAACGUGAGGGGAAAGGAGGAGAAAGAAGCUUCAAAAUAUCAGAAAAUCAAUUAAACCAAUUAAAGAGAGAACAGGAACAUGAUAUUUUUCUCUAUGUUGUUUCAUUUGAUGUUUGGAUGGCGUUUUUGUCUGCAAAAUACUGGUCAUCUUCGUGUAUAUGGUCUUGGAUAUCAUGCCGGCUCACAUGGAAGACAGGUUGCCAAAAUAGCAGAUUCAGCUACUAUAUGUGCAUCAUAUAGUCAUGUAAUAAACCGCAUAGCAAAGGUAAUCAUGCAGUGUUAACGAAUUAAAUGAAUACAAUGUAAUAAUCAUGAUUAUGUCUCUUUCUUUUUCACUGUAUUGUUGCAUCUCUGUUCUGCUCUCUCUUUCUCCUGAUGAACGCUUGGCUCGAGAUGGCCCUGGACUUUUCUUUAACAUCAGUCUCAAAAUGGAAAAUGAACAGGGGUUUGAGGAGGCAGACUGCCAACCAAACACCCCUGUAACCCCCACAGCCCCCGACCCCCCCAAAUGCCAUUCCCUGCCCCCUCCAGAGUUCACCCAAAUCCUGUAGGCUCCAGUGAUUUAUCCCUCGUGAUCCUGAUGGGGCAAGGUCAGCCCCUUAGUGACAAGCAAAGGGAGGAGGGGUAUUUAAAAAAAACAAACAAACAAACAAAAAAUCCAAGAGCCAAAGUGGCAUGUUGCCUUCUCAUUGACGGACACCUCAGAGACGCCAGAGAUCGAGCUUUGCGCUCUGAUCGGCCCUCAACCUCAAUGCCGCCCACAGAGGGACAACGUGGACGUCUCUGCGUCCAGAAGGAGCCACGUUCCACAAACAAUGCUGUUUCGGUCAGUUUCAAUGUACAAGCAGGCUUGAUACAGUAAAUGCAAAAUGUGAAGGUGUUUCAAUGCUAAGAAAAAGGGUACUUAUGUGUGUAUUUAUGUGUGUAUUGAGUAAUGGAAGAUAAGUAAAUAACCAGAUCUAUAAAUAUAUAUGGUAUGAUGAUAUAUACCAGGCAGAGUUCAGAGGGAUGGUGGUUGCACACAGAGAAAGCACAAGGCUCAUUUGGAGUCCUGAUGUACAGCAUUGUAAUUAUUUCAACAGAGUUCUACAGAAUGGAUUUUAGCCUAUAAAUAUCUUUCUUACUGUGCUUGGGGAUAGUUGUUAUCAUUAUUAUUAAUAUGAAUAUGAUUAUUCUGAUACUGACCCCACCCCUUCCUGUCCUUUCAAGGUACUGGACUAUACGAGUGUUCUGUAUCGCAAUGUAACAGUGUGUGUUUUGAUAUCACCACCAGUCACUCCUUCAGAUCUGUAUUUGUCGAAACCCUGACCUCGGACGUCUGACCCCCCCCCCCAAUUUGCACCCCAACCUACCACACAAGCCUCUCCCACCUCCCCUCACUCCCAUUUUUAAGUUACUGGGGUCAACUCUUUGUUAAUGUACAGUUUUCAGAGCACAAAAUGAAUGUGUCUUAUUUCUAAUAAAAGCAUAUAAGCAUAUAAUAAAAAUAACAGUCCUCUUAUUUUCUCACAUUUAAUUACAUAUAACAUGAUUCAUCAUGAUGCAUGUGGCCUGAUGUUAGAGAGGUGCGUUUUUUUG